CUGUCACAUGUUACACGUCAGAUUAAGACUUUUACAACUAUAAACAUAGUGAGUUCUCCGGUUGAGAAAUUCUAAUAAUAUAUGCAGACAGUUGGAAAAGGAAGAGCUCACUUCUGAGAUGCUCCUAAUAAGAUAUGAGAGGCCUUUUCGCUCACGUGUUGUGAGAAUAUGUCAAUACUAUGUUCUCGCGCCUGUGCCAUAGUUAUUAUCUAUUGUGCAGUGUUGAUCUUACAACCAAGUGGAACAACUAGUGUUAAAGACUUGAAACAAUCACCAAAACAAGGCAUUUUGAAAUUAGCUCAAACAUUCCAACGGUCAACACUACCGAGCGAUGAUAAAAUGGUAACCAAUCGAAUCGAAGAGGUAUACGUUAAUUAUCCACAUCGAAUUAAAAGAAUUUCACAUCACGGUCAUCCGAAUAAAAUGUGGAGAUCGGGACGUGUUAAUUUUCAAAAGGAAAAUAUGAUAAGUUCGAAUUUUUUUAGUAAAUCAAAACCUCUCAUAUCUUUUAAGGACAUUGAAAGUAAAAAAAAGAGUAAACGAACCUCAUCAAGAUGUUUAAAUAAAAUGGUUCAUUCGAAUAUUGUUCAUAGUAGUAAGUUAGUUGGAGAUAGAGACUCAUUAAAGAUUGUACCAAAAUCACGAAAACGGAGGCGAACAAAACGAUUAGUUAAUCAAAAAAGAAAUCCUAGAAAUAGUCUAAUUUUACAAUACACGGAUUUAUCAAAUAAUGAUUUAUAUGAUGUAGAAGAUUUCUUCCCAAUAAGAAAAGGUUAUAAUACAAUAACUUCUCGGAUAAACAAAAAUAUUAAAUCGGACGACGUCGUUUCAAUCACACCACGACCUGUGUAUAAUAGCCACAAUUAUUUUGACGCCAUCACGGGAAUUAAACUACCAAUUAAAGUAACAGUUGAUCCAAUUUUAGAAAUGAAUCCUCAACCGAACGAUAAUAGCACGUACGGUGGUCAAUUAACUAAAAAAAGAAACGCUCAUCCUGUUGCUUUACAAUCUGUGUCGUUAUCAAUUCCAAAUAAUGUUAGCUCUUUUAAUUUGGGAGUUCCAUUCACAAUCGCACAACAAGAUGUAGCUAUUACUCUAGCCCAUUCGAAAGAUGUGGAGUUAUCAUCCCAACAACCAUUACAGUUCAAUAAUUAUCAAAAUGAUUACAACACAGAUGUGAAUUUCGCCGAAAAUACGGAGGAUACUUGGACGGCAAUUGAUGUCACUGCAGAAAAUUUUAAGUUUAACAAAAUUAAUAAUAACCCAAUAAACGAAUUUCAAACAGAUGAUGUCACAAAUACAGAAGCAGCAUUUUCCGAAAAUGUAAAUAAUUUUCUUGAUACAACGACAGUAUUAAGUUAUAAUCAAUUUAAUGACAAUUCCUCGAUCACCGUAGAUCCAAUGAGUGCUUUUAAUUUCAAAAAUAUGGAUUAUUACGAUAUAGAUCAAGAACAACGUUUUAUGUCAUCACCAUCGUUAUCACCAUCAUUAUCGUCAUCAUCUUCAUCAACAGCAUCUACUAAAUCCCCUAAACAUUACAUUCAGAUGACGAAGAAACAUAAGACGUCAUCUACUUUACCAUCAACUACGAAUGCAACAAUGAGCAUAAUAGAAUUGAAUGCUUAUCAAACACCGGCAACAUAUGAAAUAUCUCCUGAAACAUCUUCUCCAUCAUCAUUUGUAUCAUCUUCUGCAUCAUCUUCUGCAUCAUCUUCUAUAUCAUCUUCUAUAUUACCUUCUACAUCACCAUCUACAUCAUCUUCUGUAUCAUCAUCUGUGACAUCUUCUUCAACAACUUCGUCAAUAUCUCCUACGACAUCUUCCGCAACACCUUCCGUAACAUCUUCCAUACAAGAUACAGUAUCUUCAACGAAAUCAACUGAAAAAACUUCAAUAACAACAAAAAAUCCAAAUGUAGGAAUUAGAAGUUCUUUAAAAUUUCAAAUGUCUUCAGAAGAAGAUGAAGAAAAUGAUUCUGAAGACUCUAACACAAAGAAAUCGUUUGUAAACUCUAUUGAGGACGAAACAAAUUUUUUAUUUCCGAAUUCUGGGUCAUUGGGACAUGUUGAAUUAACAUGUCAACCUGAAAGUUCGUUUCCAGAACCAAUUGAGAGUAAAAAAGUAAUGGAGCAAUCAUUAUUAAGGAAACGAAAUAUUAAGGAUACUUAUACGCAAAAUUCAUUAUUAGCACAGAAAAGCGAUGUACCUAUAAAAUUUAAUAUAUUACGUUUAAGGAGAUUAAUAAAACGAGAAGCUAACUUAAGCACAACAUCUCAUUCAACUAGUGAGUCCUCGACAACUACAACAGUAACCCAAAGUGAUGAAGGUAGUAGUGUUGAAUCGUCAGCUGUUUCCACCACAUCAUCAAACUAUAAAAUAGACGAUAACCUUACAACUUCUGGACUUACUUCAACUAAUACUUAUUCUGAAACGACAAUAGAAGACAAUACGGUUACCGUUAAUAGACGAGAUUUAGAGUCCCCACCGUGCGUUCCUUCAACAUGUAGUGAUACCUGUGAAAGUUCGACUUGUCCACCAGAACAAACUGCGCCACCAUCAGAUUCUGCCUCAAGUGAUGGAGCACAAACAGCAGCCCAAGGUGCUGCUGGAGUUGCGGUUCCAGCUGCAGUUGGAGUUGCGGUUCCAGCUGCAAAUGAUUUGUCAGCUUUUGCAGCCAACACAGCAAAUGGAGGAUGUGAGCUACCUUGUAACAUGUCCAACACUCUUAGCGAAAUUUUACACAAUGUCGAGAUGUUGGCUGCGCAAAAAAUUGGAAGUGCAGAAGAUUUCGCAUGUAGUCUCAAUGGCUCGUGGUCUUCAGAAACAGCAGGUGUUAAAUUUAAUAUAGUUGCCACAGAUGAUAAAGUUCUUAGUAUUAAUAUGGAUGCGCCGGAUGUUAAUCGACAAACAGGGUUUAUGUCGAAUAGUACGUGGCAAUUAUCGGCUAUGGUACCAAUUGUUCAUAGUGGUAUUAUAAUUAUAAAUGGAAUUAACGAGAAAGAUAAAGCAGUGGCCUCUUUUAUUGGCGAAUAUAAAAAUUACCCAGAAAAGGCAGAAAUAAUCUGGGGCCAUUGGUUAAUCAAUCAGAAAAACGACGCAAAUGGAACUUAUAGCCAACAUUCUAUUUUUGAUGCCCUCGAAAAACAUAGUCAACACGAAAACCACAGAGUAAUACAGAUGGGUCCCUUAUUAGCAUCAAAACGCAGCGAUAAAAGAGAUCCGAAAGAUAACGUUUCAGUAGCAGCGUCAAAAAAACCUAAAUGCACGAAAAAGCCGUUUUUGAAACGUGUUUUUAAGCCUGAUAAGAAAGACAGUGUCAGCACAACCAUAACUGCGGAAGGAGAUGGAGAUGAAGAAAUUAAAAACACUGAUUUUAAAACGGAAAUAGCAACCUCCAAUGAAACCGCUGGCACGGUAGUCGAAACUGUUAGUGGAUCCAGUUAUAUCACUACAGCCACAGAUAUUACAACUUCCGCAAACGGCGAUGCUCCAAAAACAACAAUUCCUGAAGGACCGCGUACAUUAUUAAAACCGCAUCAAGGUGUAGGUCCUAAUCAAAGCUCACUUGAACCAAGUGCUGCUUUUCUUUCUAGAGAAGGUAGCUAUGUUUUAUAUAACGUAAAUGAUUCGUACAAUGUUAUGACGGAACUAUGUCAAAUUAAAAAAACUAUGACGACGAGUUGGAAUCUUGGAAAAGUAGCUAUGGAGUCCGGUAAGAAGACUUCUUCGGUUGAGCAACUUCUUUUUCCCAAAGAAGAUAGUGCAGAUGGUGUAUAUUUUAAAAAACUUUUAAAAUUUACUUCUCGAAAGAAAGCUAAAAAUAAAGCUACCACACCAUAUAAUAUAAAAGAAAUUACAAUUAAUAAUCUAAAAAAUACCGAAAUCUCGUCGACAACGGAGGUGAUAACACUUGCGUCACUUGUAUUUGAAGAUGAACAAAGCAGUAACACCGAAUCAACAGAAACGACGGAAGUAACAACAUCAAACAGCACAACAACAUCUAUUAACACGGAAUCCAGUGAAUCAACAGAAAGUACAAAUAUAACCGAAGUAUCCUUUGGAACUAUUUCUAUAGAAAGCAGUACUGCUUCUAGUAACACCACUACAGAAAGCAUAACUACAUCAAUUAGCGAUGAAUCCAAUGAUUCUACAGAAAUUACAAAAGCAGCCGAAGUAAUCGUUGGAGCUAAUACUACAGAAAACAGUACAACUUCUAAUAACAUAAGUUCAGAAAGCAUAAUUACAUCAAUUAGCAGUGAAUCCAAUGAUUCUACAGAAAUUAUAAAAACGACCCAAGUAAACGUUGGAAAUAAAUCUAUAGAAAAUACUACAUCUCCUAACAACACCGAUACAGAGAGCAUAACCACAUCAAUUAGCACUGCAUCCAACGAAUCUACGGAAAGUACAACAUCCAUUACAACAAGUACAGGAAGCAUUAACACUGAAUCUAAUGAAUCCACAGAAAGUUCCACAUCCAAUAUAGAAACUACAACUCAAACAUCGGAUAAAAAAUUUAAGGUUAAAACCACCAAAACGAAACCAACCAGCACAACUCCUAUUAGUACAAAUUCAGAAAGCACCAUUAUGACAAACAAUGAGUCCGAAUCAGAGCUAUCAACUGAUACAUUAACCACUUUAGGUGAAAGUAGUUCGAAUGAAGAAUCUUCAUCUAGUACAUCUGUUAGUUCGGUUGGGUUGGAGUCAUCAGAAGCUUUAACUGAAAACUCAUCUCCUACGGAGGAAUCUGUUUCUAAUGCGUCUACAGAAUUAGUUGGGUUAGAAUCAGAAACACCUCUAAAUGAAAUUAAUUCAACCACCACAGAAUCUCUUACCACAAUUGUCAGUAUUGAAUCAGAAAUGUCGUUAACUAAUUUAGAAUCUACAAGUUCUUUAAAUGAAUUAACAUCUCCUAAUGAAGAGUUAACUUCUAGUGUAUUAGAUUUGGUUACCAAUGAGUUAAUUGCCCCUUCUAAUGAAACUAUGUCUUCUAUUAGUGAAUCUAUUUUUGAGUUAUCCACGGAUAAUGAGGAGUUAGAGUUAGCAAGCGAUAUCUGCGAAUACGAAAAUAUAUUGGAAUUAGCUUUAAAUGAAUCUACUAUAAAUCCUUUACAUAAUACUAUCUCUGAAAUUAACGAGUUAGAGUCAUCAGGUGAUCUAUUUAAUGCGCCUAUUGUAGCAACUGAUAUAUUUCUUCCACUUCCAAAUAAAACUUUCUCUGAAACUAAUGGGUUAGAAUCAUCAAGUGAUCAAUCUAAUGAGCAUAUUGAAGCAACUGAUAUAUAUCUUCCACUUCCAAACGCAAAUAUGAAGGAAGGAUGCGUAAUUGAUCUUCGUUUAUUGUUUACAACAUCGAUGAACGCAUCUACACCAAAAUAUAUCCAACUUGUACCACAAAAAAAUCUCAGUGACUCAAAAGGCAGCAUUAAGGAGGAUGAAUCACAAAUAGGGCCAUUAAAGGGUGCUAAUGGCACAAGUAACUAUAAUUUAUCCAAAUUAGAUUCAACCACAGAUAUUUUAGAAAAUAUUCUUGCAGAACAUUCCUCAAUAAAUCAAUUGGAUAAUGAAACUCGUUCAUUGCCAACCGAUUCUGUUGAUGCAUGUAUUUUAGACAUAUUACUUGAUGCUGGGUUGAAUAAAUCUAGUAUUUUGCCUUCUGAUCACAUAGAAAAUCAUUCCACAAAUUCUAAUUUUGCUAUUACUACUGAAAAUAACAAUUUAGGUUUUCCAAAUAUUGGAAAUAAUCAGGCUGGUGAUGCUAAUAGUAAUAUAAAUUCGAAUUCAGGUCAAAUUACUCAAAACAUUAAUAGUUUUUCUAAUCCGCCUUUAUUCUCAUCUAGCCCAAUUCAAUUGCAACAAACGAAUCUCUAUCAAAACAGCAUAGGGCAAGGAAAUAAUGUUCCUAACGCAGUAGGUACAUCGGAGUAUGUCGAUCAAUUUAUUCUAGAUUUGCUACAAGAUUCAGCUACAGCUGUACAAACUACACCUUCAAUUCUAGUAACAUCUAAUCCAAAUUUAAACCCAGUUAACUCUUUACUAGGUGUUCCUGAAGCUACCAAACAAGAAGAUACAGCUUUACUUACAACUAUAAACUUGUUACGUCAACAAUCUUCUUCUGCUCCUUUAAAUCAAAUGAACCAAUUUCAGGAAUUGCCAAAUCCCGCGAGUAGUUCUAAUGGUGUAAUUGAUAACGCCGAUAAUAAUAAACCGAAUUUAAAUUUCGUAGAUUCAUUCUUCGAAACAACACCACAAGGAGAUUUAGUGUUAGGUACACCAAUGAACACGUUCCAACAGACGACACCUUAUUCUUCUCCAUAUGGAAAUGCACCCGUCUUAGAAACAACACCUCCCAAUCCUAAUAUUAAUUCAAUUACCGAUUUAUUUGGAGCUCCACAGACAAUAAAACACGAUGACGCAAUGUUUGGGACAACAGCUUUAAGUCAAACUAAUCAAUUAAGUAAUCAAGUACCAUUGGGGGGGUCGCCAAAUGUUGUUACUAAUGUUGAAAAUGUUUUCGGAAAUGCACCCAAUGUUGACACAACGCCUUCGAUGUUAAUAACAACUUGCCAUCGUAAUUUAAAUGUGUUUACCGAUUUAUUAGAAUUUGCAGAACCUACUAAACAUGAUGAUGCAAUAUUAGAGACAACUGUCGAUUCGUUACAGCCUUCCGAUACAGCUUUAAGCCAAAGCAACCAAUUACCAUUGGGAGUAUCACCAAAUGUUGUUACUAAUUUAAAUUCAAAUUUAAAUCCUGGAGAGUUAUUACAAGGAGGUAUAACUGGGAAUCCUUUAGUUGAGCAGACUUCUGCUGGUUAUACAAACCAAAAUAAUAAUGCUCCAGUAGGUAAUAAUAAUGUUUUGGGAUCAUUAAAUGGAAAUGAUGCGUCAAUAAAUAAUGCAAAUGGCGUUAAUACACUAAAUUCAAAUUUAUCGGGUCAAGGUUUAGUAACCGCAUGUGUUCCUGUAACAGAUUUAAAUUCAAAUACAAUUAGUAUUACAAGUAAUAAUCCUAAUAUUGUUGGAGCUCAACAAGUUUCACCCAUUAUUGGAAAUUCAAAUGACGUUACCAACAUAAACACAGUUACACAAUAUGUUCCUGUAACAGAUCUAAAUUCAAAUACAGUUAGUAUUGCAAGUAAUAAUCCAAAUAGUGUUGGACCCCAACAAAUUUCACCCAUAAUUGGAAAUCCAAAUGCUGUUUCUAAUGUAAAUGAAGGGGCUGCAAACGAACAAAAGGAAUACGCAAUAAACACAGUUACACAAUCUCAAACAUUUACAAAUAUUUUAAAUAAGCCACAGAAUGUAUGUCCACCACGUUCGUCAUGUAGUUGCAAAGUUACGCCUAAUACAGCUAUUUUGUCUACAGAGGCAAAUACAAUCGCUGCUAUAAAUCCAACUAUAUCCAAUGAAAAAUUAAUGAAAGAAUUAGCUACUAUGCCAACACCGAGUGCAGAAUGUAUGGUUAGUUAUAUGGCAAUCCCUAUUGCUACAAUGUUAACUCAUCAUUACACUCUUAACUUUUCAUUUCCACAAAAGCCACUAAAUUUCUCAAACCUCGAUAGUAAACUAAAUGUCGAUGAAAUAUUGGCAAAAUGUGAUGACAUUGCAUAUCAAAACACAGCAAUUGCUACUGGAGUUACACCAUCGUUUGUAAAUUUACCAGGUCCACAAAAUCCACCUCCCAAUGAAGCUAUAACUCCUUCUGGUCAAAAUCCACCCCCACCUUAUGGUAAUGAACCUGCAAAUCAUCCUAAUGAAGCUUUAAUUCCUACUGGUCAAAAUCCACCCCCACUUAAUGGUAAUGAACCUUUAAACCAUCCGAAUGAAGCUUUAACACCUACUGGUCAAAAUCCACCCCCACUUAAUGGUAAUGAACCUUCAAAUCAUGCUUAUGAAGCUUUAACUCCUAUUGGUCAAAAUACACCUCCACUAAAUGGUAAUGAACCUUCUAAUCUUCAUAAUGAAGCUUUAACUUCUACUUGUCAAAAUCCACCCCCACCUAAUGGUAAUGAACCUUCAAAUCCAAUUAAUCAAAAUCAACAACCUCCAUCUUUGCUAACUACAAAUAUGAGAAGUUUACAGUCUAUUUCAAAUGAAAUAAAGAACAAAGAAAAUAUAAUUAAGCUCAUGAAACUAACUAUCAACAAACUCAAAAAUCCAAUUGAUGAAAACUUAAAUAAUGAUACUGAAGAGCCAUGUUUCCUUGAGAUAAUGAACGCAAUAAAUACAAAUGUUAGGAAUACUACAACACAACAAAUAAUAUCAACAAAUAGUAGCUUAUCUGAAAUUUUAACGACUCCAAAAGGAAUCACUAUUUCGGUACAACAACCAAACUUAUCACCUUCUGAAUAUUUAAAUACCACUAUAGCGAUUUCUUUAAAUAAUACUCCAAAAACUGAUAUUUUAAAACCUCAACAAUUUUCAUCACAAAUUGGAUCUUCACCAAGUGUUGGUGCAGCUAAUGCUGUGAAAGUACAGAAAGAAUACACAUUAAGCUCAAUGACUACAAAUAUAAAACAAGAAGGAACCGUAACGGUUGUAAAUGAAUCAGUUUUAGCUCCAACAAAUCAAGUUGCUUCGCAAUCAAUUAUUCCUGGGCUAAUUACACCACAAUCAAUGCAACCUUCAGAUAAAAUAACAUCACAAUUAAGUAACACAAGUUUAUUGCCAUCCUCUUUAUCAAUACUAGCUAAUGAAACAUCUCUUACUACUAUUAAAGCAGGAGGGAAUGAAAAUUCUUCUGAGUCGAUGAAAUCUUCACAAUGCCAAAUGUCACUACUGAAUAUGUUAGAUACAACAACCUCUUCUUAUAAUUUAACACAAAUACAUCUAAGUCAAACGUUUCGAAAUUUACUUCUCACAACUACCAAUCUUCCCACAAAUCCUGCUUUAGGAGGGAUCGUAUCAGAAGUUAUGCUGCCGACCAAUAUUACAAAUAUAAGCUUUCCUAACGCACUCACUAAUAACACGAUAGAAAAUGAGGUACCAAAUGUUGCAACAUUAUCUAUGGCAAACCUUUUAAAUCAAACGCCAAAUAAUAUUGCAUUAGGAAUAAAUAUAUCUGAGGGUUUAGUCACUCAAAGUGUUAAUUUUGAUAACGCAAAUUUAAAUGGUGAUAUAAAAACUAUGAACAUUACUUCUAUUGGAACUCAAACAUUAUCAGCAACAAACAUAUCUCCGCUGCCGCAAACAAAGUUGGCUGAAAUAUCGAACGAAACCGUUUAUUCGCAAUUGUUAGGACAAUUUAACGUCUCAUUGCCGCAAACAAUCAGUACAUGUCGAAAUUCUGCACAAGAUGUAACAAUAAAUUCAAAUAAUAUCACAAGUUUAUUAACAACUCCUUUAUUUACUGCAAGUAUAGUCCAAGAGGAAGACAUCCCUAUUCCGAUAUCGCAAAAUCUUAAUCCUGCAACACCUUUCAUGUCAUCAAUGAAUCUUUCCGAAAUACAAAAUGACGCAUCCCCAUAUUCUACAGCACCGAGUCUCUUAAAUAAUACUCCAAACGUUAACAUAAUGGCACCAAUCGCUGCCACUGCUUCAUUUGCAAACCAGCCUAUACCAAUUGGACAAGCAUUUCAACAAAAAAAUAUUAAAUCAUUUACUCCACCAGGUACCUCUCAACUUUCCGAAUCUAUUUUACCCACAUCAAUAACUUCAUUUCUUGUCACUACUUCUUUUGCAAAUCAGCAAACUAAUAACCCUAUUCUGACACAACAAAAUUUUAAUCCUACAAACCCUUCCAUAUCAUCGACGAAACUUUUCGAAAUACAGGAUGCUGUAAAAAAUAAAUUUCCUGAGACACAAACAAGUUUUUCUUCGGCAGCAUCAACAUGCUCCAUACCACCGGCACUCUUAAAUAGUCCUUCAAGGCUUAAUAUAAUGACACCAAUCGCUGCCACUGCUUCCUUUGCUAACCAGCCUAUAUCAAUCGGUCAAGCAUUUCAACAGAAAGAUAUUAAGUCAUUUACACUACCAGCAACUAAUGUAUCUUCUGAAUCGCUGUUACCAACAUCGCCUAUUUCAUUUUCUACGCAAUCUGUAUCUUUGAUUCAAUCUGGAUUGAUAAGUAACGUAUCACCCAGCUCUACACAAUCAACUCUAAAACAAGAAUUUUCUUCUAUUACUAAUGUGAUUGCUACAAAUCCAGGUCAAGUUAUGUCAUUAACUCAAUCGAUAUCUUUUGAUAUUCCAGUGGUAUCAGCUUCCACGAAUAAAUCUCUCUCAACAUCUUUAUCUCAAAAUAAUUCUAAUUUUAAUGAAUGCAGUACAAGUUUACCUAACUUGUUAACCCAACCGAACCAAACAGAUUUUAAUCAAAAAUCUUUAGGACCAUCAAUAAAUAUACCUCUAGAAAAUAUUAGUAAUAGAGCUGUUUCUGGUCAGUCAAUUCAAGGAGCACAAUUAACUUCAGUUUAUAACUUACUUACUCCUGCUUCUGAAUCACAACCUACACUUUCUCCUGCUCAACCUCCUUCAAACCCGCAAUCCGCAUCACCUAGCCCAUUCAACCACCCUUCACAAAUAUUAUCACCUGAAUUAUUAGCUUCGUGUGGGCAAACAACCAUUCCCGGAGCUCCAGCAGAACAAAACACACUUUCAAUAGGAGGGCAACAAGUUACUGAACAAUCCACACUUUCAAUAGGAGCGCAACAAGUUACUGACCAAUCCACAAUUUCAAGUCAAGCGCAACAAACUGCCGAACAAUACACGCUUUCAGUGGAAGCGCAACAAACUGAAUUUGUAACAGACAUAACACCGUGUGUUGAAGAAGAACCAUGUGAAUGCGAAUUCACUGAAAAAAAGUUAUGCGAUUCAAUAUAUGACUCAACUAGACAAAUACAUAUUCACGAUCCACUUCUUGAACCGGAUUAUUUCCCAACGCCACCAGAUAUUGAUGUUUAUGCAUAUAUGGAAAGUCAAAUGGGAACAACAGAAUCAACAACAUACGUUUACACUAGGAAUCCAUUGUUUGAUUUUUUGCAUAAAGCGGAUGCGGAACCUAACUCUGAAUGCGAAGUUAAGUUUAUGGAUAAUACUGGUGUUUGUGAUUUUGGAAUAAUCAAUGCAGUAGAAAAUAAGGGUUCAAUUGAGACUGUUAAUCCAAUGGAAUUAAAUCAAGGUGCUGGAGAUAUGAAUGAAAUAUCAACCUCGUUUAAUGAGAAUAAUAAUUUUGGUGAAAUUAUGACGCCUAAUUUAUCGUCUGGAGAAAUAAUGAGUCCUCCAAGCAAUAACAACUUUGGAGCAAUACCUAAUUUAGCACCUGGAGAAACAGUAACUAAUGCAAAUGCUAAUUUUGGUCAAAUAGAAAUGCAAACAUCAAACGUAGAUCAUUUAGACCAGGGAAUUGAUCAACCUUUUAAUGUAAAUGUUGGUUUGGAAGCAGCUCAGUGUCCUGUACAAUUUGAUGCCGAAACAACGUUAUUCGAUGUUGCUAGUAAUAAUUUGUCACCAAUUAAUCUAAUGAGUGAUUUCGAGAUAAGUACUCCUUCUCCCAUAGAUACUGGGGCAAUGACAACCGAAAUACCUUUAAAUCCACCGCAAAUAACUCAAUUAGAAAAACCUACGGACCUUGCAAGUCCAUUAGAUGUUCCAUAUGUGACUACAUGCUAUAUUGUACAACCUACAAAUCAGAUUUCGGAUAACGUUGCUCAAUCUACUAUCGGUAAUAGAUCGAAAAAGAAAUCACCAAAAACAACCACUCUUAGAACUAAGAAAUCGACUACAACCCCAACAUCAACAACUGUUGGCUUAAAGAAGACGAAAAAAAGAAAGUUUAGCUUUUUCAGACAUGCAAAACGAAGUUCAAAAUCGGUAUAUUUGUUGAAGGAUUCAUUAACCACAAUGGAGUACUUACCGAACAUAGACAAUAUGGUUUCUGAUGUUUUUUCUAGUGGACAUCAUGAAAAUCAUGCGUCUAAUCUAAAUGUUUCUAUAAUUAAUCCUAAUAUUAGAUGA